GGGGAGGCGGGCCGGGCCGGGCCGGGGCGGGGCCGCGAGCGGCAUGGAGGAGGCGGAGGCCGCGGCGCGCCGGGCAGAGCAGUGCGGGCCCGAGAGGGGCCCGAGAGGGGCCCGGGCCCCCUGAGCCGUUCCUGAAGGCAUGGGUUGGCCAGGACAGUGGUGACUCCCCAAUCCGGCAUGGACGACUGGAAGCCCAGCUCCCUCAUCAAGCCCUUUGGGGCUCGGAAGAAGCGGAGCUGGUAUCUUACCUGGAAGUAUAAACUGACCAACCAGCGGGCCCUGCGGAGAUUCUGUCAGACAGGGGCAGUGCUUUUCCUACUGGUGACCGUCAUUGUCAACAUCAAGUUGAUUCUGGACACGCGGCGAGCAAUCAGCGAGGCCAAUGGAGAUCCGGAGCCAGAGCAAGACUAUGAGGAGGCCCUGGGCCGCUUAGAGCCCUCACGGCGCAGAGGCAGUGGUCCCCGACGGGUUCUGGAUGUGGAGGUGUACUCAAGCCGCAGCAAAGUAUAUGUGGCCGUGGAUGGCACUACGGUGCUGGAGGACGAGGCUCGAGAGCAGGGCCGUGGCAUCCAUGUCAUCGUUCUCAACCAGGCUACGGGCCAUGUGAUGGCGAAGCGUGUGUUUGACACAUACUCACCUCAUGAGGAUGAAGCCAUGGUGCUGUUCCUCAACAUGGUGGCCCCUGGCCGAGUUCUCAUCUGCACUGUCAAGGACGAGGGCUCCUUCCACCUUAAGGACACAGCCAAGGCUCUGCUGAGGAGCCUGGGCAGCCAGGCCGGCCCCGCCCUGGGCUGGAGGGACACUUGGGCCUUCGUGGGACGCAAAGGAGGUCCUGUACUUGGGGAGAAACACUCUAAGUCACCUGCCCUCUCCUCCUGGGGCGACCCAGUCCUGCUGAAGACAGAUGUGCCGCUGAGCUCAGCUGAAGAGGCGGAGUGCCACUGGGCAGACACGGAGCUGAACCGUCGCCGGCGGCGCUUCUGCAGCAAAGUGGAGGGCUAUGGGAGUGUGUGCAGCUGCAAGGACCCCACACCCAUCGAGUUCAGCCCUGACCCACUCCCAGACAACAAGGUCCUCAACGUGCCUGUGGCUGUCAUUGCAGGGAACCGGCCCAAUUACUUGUAUAGGAUGCUGCGCUCUCUACUGUCAGCCCAGGGGGUGUCUCCCCAGAUGAUAACAGUUUUCAUCGAUGGCUACUACGAGGAGCCAAUGGAUGUGGUGGCACUGUUCGGUCUGAGGGGCAUCCAGCAUACCCCCAUCAGCAUCAAGAACGCCCGCGUGUCUCAGCACUACAAAGCCAGCCUCACUGCCACUUUCAACCUGUUUCCGGAAGCCAAGUUUGCCGUGGUUCUGGAAGAGGAUCUGGACAUUGCUGUGGAUUUUUUCAGUUUCCUGAGCCAGUCCAUCCACCUGCUGGAGGAGGAUGACAGCCUGUACUGUAUCUCUGCCUGGAAUGACCAGGGAUAUGAACACACAGCUGAGGACCCAGCGCUGCUGUACCGUGUGGACACCAUGCCUGGGCUGGGCUGGGUGCUCAGGAAGUCCUUGUACAAGGAGGAGCUUGAGCCCAAGUGGCCCACGCCUGAAAAGCUCUGGGACUGGGACAUGUGGAUGCGGAUGCCCGAACAACGCCGAGGCCGAGAGUGCAUCAUCCCCGACGUUUCCCGAUCCUACCACUUCGGCAUCGUUGGCCUCAACAUGAACGGCUACUUCCAUGAGGCCUACUUCAAGAAGCACAAGUUCAACACGGUUCCAGGUGUCCGGCUCAGGAACGUGGACAGUCUGAAGAAGGAAGCUUAUGAAGUGGAAAUUCACAGACUGCUCAGUGAGGCUGAGGUUCUGGACCACAGCAAGAACCCAUGUGAAGACUCUUUCCUGCCAGACACAGAGGGCCACACCUAUGUGGCCUUCAUCCGAAUGGAGAAAGAUGAUGACUUCACCACCUGGACCCAGCUUGCCAAGUGCCUCCAUAUCUGGGACCUGGAUGUGCGUGGCAACCACCGGGGCCUGUGGAGAUUGUUUCGAAAGAAGAAUCACUUCCUGGUGGUGGGCGUCCCAGCCUCCCCCUACUCGGUGAAGAAGCCACCAUCAAUCACCCCAAUUUUCCUGGAGCCACCCCCAAAGGAAGAGGGAGCCCCAGGAGCCGCAGAACAGACAUGAGACCUCCUCCAGGACCCUGCAGGGCUGGGUACUGUGUACCCCAGGCAGGCUAGCCCUUCACCCCAUCCUGUAGGAUUUUGUAGACGCUGGUAGGGGUUGGGGCUGGCUUGUUUUUAACAUGAGACUUAAUUACUAACUCAGAGGGGAGUCUUUCCCUGCUCCAACGCCCCUGUACCUGAGUUGGAGGUCUAUUUAUUUACUUCCCUGUUGGGAAGGGGCAGGAUGGUACCUGGGAAUCACUGGGGUCCCUGGGCAGCUGAUCCUGCCCUUUGCACACUCCCUCAUCCCAGGCCUGGUUCAGAAUCUAACCUAUUUAUUGACUGUCCUGAGGGCCUUGGGAACAGGCUGAAGCCUGGAGGGCCUUGAUUCCUUUCUUGGCUGGGGUGCUGCCCUGAGGGUGGGGCCGGCUCUUACUCAGGAACCUGCUGUGCCCAACCCAUGGACAGGCCUGCUGGGGCCCGCCUGCUGAUGCAGACUCACUCAGAGACCCUCAGACACGGAACCAGGCCUCUUCUCAGCCUCCCCUUUGUCCAGGUUUCCAAAGCUGGAUAAGGUGGUCAUUGAUUAAAAAAGGAGAAAA